UAAAAUAUAUUUUUAUAUAUAACAGUUUUUUAGUGUUUUUUUAAGCAUUGGCUAAAGUCGAUAAUAAAGUGCAAAAUAAAAAUGUUUAAAAGUAAAAACGAAUGUAAUAUUGUGUACAAGUGCACUGUUCGCUUACUUGAUGAUUCGGAUGUCUUAGAAUGUGAAUUUCAGCCAUUCCAUAAAGGCAUUUAUCUAGUCGACCAUAUAUGUAGACAAUUAGAUAUUAAGGAAAAGGACUAUUUUGGUUUACGCUAUGUAGAUACGGGAAAACAAAGGCACUGGCUCGACCUGGCUAAAUCCAUAUUAAAACAAUGCAAAGAUAUAGAUCCUGUGUUAUUUUCAUUACGUGUAAAAUUUUAUCCAGCGGAUCCAUUUCGUCUCACUGGCAAUGGCCGCAUCAUGCUCUUCCAGCAGCUGAAGAGAGAUCUUCGUCAUGGUCGAUUAUACUGUUCAUUGGGUGAAGCAGCUGCCUUGGGUGCUUUGAUCGUGCAAGAGGAACUCGGUGACUAUGACGACCUAAUACACAUCGGGGACUAUGUGUCUUCGCUGGACUUGGCUCUGCGCCAAACGGAGAAUCUGGAAAAAAAGAUUAUUGAACUGCACAAAAAGCGAAAACCUGGCCAGGAUCCCUCCGUGGCCAUGGAUGAAUUUAUGGGCAUCGCGCGUGGCCUGGAGACAUAUGGAAUUGAUCCACAUCCUGUAAAGGAUCAUCGCGGCUCGUUGCUCUACGUGGGCAUCAAUCAUGCGGGCAUCAGCACCUAUGUAGCAGGCAAGCGAUCGCAGCACUUUCGUUGGAAUGAAGUACAUAAAAUUAACUUCGAGGGGAAAAUGUUUAUUGCACAUUUAAGCUUUACGGAUGCCAGCCGGGAGCCCAAAAAACACACAAUAGGCUUUAAGUGCCCAUCUGGACCCGCUUGCCGCUAUCUCUGGAGAUGCGCCAUCGAGCAAAUGUUGUUUUUCACCUUACCAAAUAGCCAGCAUGCGGCUGUUGUCUCUGGCGGUGGCUUUUUCUCCUGGGGUACCAAGUUCCGUUAUACGGGUCGAACUGAACGUGAGAUAUUGACUGAAAGCAUAAACGCAUUACGCGAGCAAAAAAUGACCAAUUCAAAUUCGAGCAAACGCAAGGCAAGCAGUGUUCCAGCCACGCCCUCCAGUCCACAAGGCGACUUAGCACAAAUACGCUACAGCAGUUUGCCUCGUUCCACAAUGUCCGAGCCAUUGGGCUGUUCCAUGGCGCCGAGCAUUCUCAUCUAUGGUCAGGAGGCUGGCGUCAACGGCAGUCUGCAAAUGCCUAUUCUGGAGCCCGUGUGCGAAGAGGCUCGUUUGCGCUCUUCCAACAUAGAUAGACUCAAUCACAUGGGUACCGAUUUAUCCGGCUAUGCGUUCCGAGACUCCAUGGAACAUUCGUCGACGGAGAGCGGACUCACAGCAAGUGGAUAUGAUGUGGCUGGCAAGCCGCGUGGCAAUCAAAAUGACUCCAAGCAGCAUCUAUAUUAUUCAUCCAAGCAGUACUAUGCGCUGCCCAAUCCCGCCUUAAAUUCAAGCUCUUCCGCCGGUAUUGCCAGUGGGAAACAUUCAGGCAAAUUUUCGCGCACACACUCCAAUUCAAAUAAUGGUGGCAAAAGCUUACGUAAAUUCCAUUUAUUACAUGCCUUUAUACCAUCCGUCAUCUUCGUUGUAAUCGCAAUGGCUGGCACGGCAGUCUUCAUUAUGGAAUCAGAGCUGGAAAUGUUUGAACGCGUACGCAACUCUCCGGAAAUGCUUAGUUUGCGCUAUCAGUAUUAUCAGCCCCUAAAAGAGUUUGUUAUUGAAAAACUAGGCAAGAAAGUGUAAUUUUUUAUCGACAAGAUUUCAUAUAUGUAAAA